CCAACUUCCUCUCGCCAAGAAUCAGGUGAGAUUUGGUUAUUUUCCUUCCUCCUAAGUCUUAUUUAGAGUUUUGUAGACUUAUGAUUCUAAAACCAUGAUCCAUCUAUAUCUUGCUACUGUAGCGUUCUUCUCCAAUUCCUGGUCCCUGUCGAGUAAUGAGAUCGACGUAGGAGGUUCUAAGUCACCACCAUCUCCUUGAAACCUUGAAUACUUGAUGUUGUAAGCCUACAAGAAAAGGUAAGUAAAAGUAUGGUAAUGCCUUUGGAUUUGAGGUAAAGGUUUUUGAAAGCAUAUUUAUGAUGAUGUUUGAAAUCAUGGUAGGACUAAACCCGUUUUACACAAACACGGGUAUAAUUGGUUUGAAAUGAAAUUAUUAUCAUUUUUAUUAAGCAUGUCUACUUGGAGUUUACUUGACUACCCUAAUGAUCGGGAAAUUAUUUGUAAAUUAUAGUUUUCCCGUUAAAUCCUGCUUGGUUUUUGUCUCCAAUAUGGUCAUGUUUUACUAUGCCCGUUAGUGGGAGGUUUAUAAAUGCUAGUACAUAUCAACAUGUUAAUUGUGGAAUCGGUUCACGUUAUACUAUUAUCUUGCUAGUGGGAUUAUACGUUAGCAAAUCUUGUGCCUGCUAGUGGGAGGUUUAUAAACACUGGUUAUGACUUAUAGAGGAGGCAUCUAUUUCAUUUCCCAUAUUCGUAUUGUUUUUCUUAAAAUUUUAUUACACUUGAUGGCAUGCUUAACUAUAAAUGAGGGUUAUCCAUUUUUUACUUACUGAGAUAUCUCAUAGUUUUUCCUUGUCCACCAUUUCAAGUAGUGAAACCUGAGAUGGAGGAAACCAAGGGGAGUGAUGAGAUCUUGUCUUUUGGAGUUAGGUUGCCAAAAAAAAAAAAAAUUUUGGGACAUAGCCUUUGGAUCAUAGAGCAUUCUUUUGUAGACCAGACUUCCCCUUGGAGAUAGUAAUGGCUAUAUGUGAUGGACUUGUAUAAGUUUUUGUACACUAUUGACCUAGUAAAGCCUUGGUCCUUGA